UUGAAUGAAAACUAAACAAGUUCGGCCGUAUGUAUCAUUUCUUUUAUUUACACAUUAGAAAUAUAACAUUUUCCCUUGCGUGACAUUGUGGUAAUUUGAUAGUUUUGUGACAGUUUGCAAUCAUUUCGCGUGCACGCUUUAUUUAACCAGUCUCUGUAAAAUUGUCAGCCAAAUUAUCAGGCAACUGCAAACAUCUUCUGCUGCUGAUGUUUUAUCAACGUCUGUCUAAUUAUUCAACUUAGACGAUGCCCUGUAAAGAAGUAAAAGCCGAGCUUAAAAGUGCCAGAGAAGACAUCAAAAAUAAAGAGUUUAAAGAAGCUUUGAAACAUUGUAAGGCUGUUCUCAAGCUUGAGAAGAAUAACUAUAAUGCCUGGGUGUUUAUUGGAGUGGCAGCCGCAGAGCUGCAGCAGCAUGAUCAGGCACAGACAGCCUACAAAAAAGCCACAGAACUGGAGCCUGAGCAACUGCUGGCAUGGCAGGGUCUAGCAAAUCUGUACGAGAAAAGCGACCAAGCAAAUUUCAAAGCCGAGCUGUCAAAGGUCUACCAAAAACUUAUUACGCUAUAUGAAACAUCAGACAAAGCAAAGAGUUUUGAAGCGAGCAAGAAGUUGGUUGAAGUCUAUCAGUUGGAAAAGAACUAUUUACAGGUGGCCAGAGUCUGGCGGAGGUUGAUCCAGGUGAGGGAGGGGGAGGAGGGGGUGCAUAAUUUAGAGCUGCUGGAGCUGUGGAGAGAGAUGACCAGGCUGCUGCAGGCCAGUGUGGAGGAUCAGGACAAUGAGACUCAGCAGCACCUUAUAUCAGCAUUUGAAAGAGCUUUGCAACUGACUGGAGAUGUUCCCAGUGAAGACCACAAGAGCAUCUCAGAAAAUUACAUUAGAUGUCUUGCUAAGCUUCCUCAUGAGGUGGCCAAGCUAAACGAGGCGUGUGAUGCCACACUGUCCCUCUAUCCAAAGUCCUCCUACCCUCUAGAGGCCCUCAGUGAGCACUACAUCAAAACAGGUAACUGCAGUGAGGAAGCCAUCAGCUGUUUCAGUCGCCUCUCAGAACUGGAUCCAAACAACUCACUUGCUCAGUUUGGCAUUGGUAUUAAAGCUCUUCAGGAUAAGAAAUAUGAGGAUGCCAUCAAGAAUAUUAGUCUGGGACUGAGACGAAUGGGUUCUUCCAUCAUCGGCUGGUAUAAUAUGGCUCAGGCUGAACUGAAAAUGCAUAGAUACUCAGACAGUGCCACAUCUUCCAGCCAAGGGCUAAAUUCGAGUAUGGGGAACUCUAAGGCUUGGACUCAGAAGCUGCAGAGGUUAAGACUAGAGGCUCUGGUGAGGACUGGAACAGAAAAGGAUGCAGAUGAAGCUCUGCAGAUACUUCCGCAGAUUUCAGAUGCCAAAAAUGACCCAGUGCUUUUAGCUUUAAAAGGAAGAGCUCACCUGCAAAAAGGCCAGACAGAGGAAGCAUCUCAGGUGUCUGUUGAGCUGUUGAACUCUCACCCAGGUUCUGUGGAGGGUCUUACUCUGAAGGGACUUGCAUAUUGUGCUAAAGAAGAACACAAGCUGGCAGAGGAGAGCUUUCUUGAGGCUUUGUCCCAGAGCCCAGAGAAUGGGGAGUUGUACUUCUUGCUGGGGCGCCUGUACUGGAACAUGGGCGAGGAAACUCGGAGGGACCGGAGCAAAGCCCACAAACAUUUACUGAAGGCUGCUAAACUGGACCCGUGUCUUGGUUCAGUGUUCCGUUUCCUUGGUCAUUACUACAGGGAGGUGGCAAAAGACCAGAGCAGGGCUAGAGGCUGCUAUAAGAGAGCAUUUGAGCUGGAUUCCUAUGACACAGAGGCUGGAGCUGCUACUGUGGACCUCAGCAUGGAGCAGGGAGAAAUGGACUCAGCUUUGGCUGUGCUGCAGUCAGUGACUGAUAGAGCCACUCCUGGCUCUGCUAAAUGGGCCUGGAUGAGGAGCGGGCUCUACCAUCUAAAGUUUGACCAGCACCAACAGGCUAUUGCAGAUCUUCAGGCAGCGUUGAGGGCUGAUCCUCAGGAUUGGUUGUGCUGGGAGUGUUUAGGUGAGGCAUAUCUAAAACGCAGGAGUUUCACAGCUGCUCUGAAAACCUUCGCCAAAGCACAUCUCCUGCAGCCCACCUCCAUCUACAGCCUUUACCAGACUGCUGCCAUUAAACAGAUCCUGGGCCGGUUUAAAGAGGCCGCUGCAGAGUACAGGCAUAUUUUAGAGCAAGAGGACUACGUGCCAGCACUAAAAGGUCUAGGUGAAUGCUUGUUAGCCUUGGCUAAGAGUGCACUGGAGGACUUUCUAGAUGGUAGAGCAGUAGACCUGAUACAGAACGCCAUCCAUUAUAUCUUUAGAGCGGUCCAACAAAGGCCGUACUUGUCCUGUCUGUGGAAGUUGCUUGGCGAUGCCUGCACCACCUCCAAAACUGUUUCGCCAAACCGGGCCAAAGUGCUGGUACCCGGGGCUCUGUGUGGAAUGGAACCACCCGAUCAGAGCCAUACACUGGACCAGAGAUCGCUUAUCACUCUUGGAGAAAGGUGCUUUGGUCAUGCUUUGAAACUGAUGCCUGAGGCACCCAGUCUGUGGUGUGACCUCGGCCUGAACUACUACCACCAAUCCAGAUUGCUCAGCUCUCAGUUUCCUGAAGAUGACUCUCUGCCCCUGCUCGAGAAAGCAGUGCAGUGUGUUAAGAAGGCAGUCAUGUUAGACAGUGCCAAUCACACAUACUGGAAUGCCCUUGGAGUGGUCGCCAUGGCAAAGGGUAUUGAAAACUUUGCUCUUUCACAACACAGCUUCAUCAAAUCUGUAAAAGCUGAGCCAAAUAAUGUGGUUGCAUGGACCAACCUCGGUGCUUUAUAUCUGAAGAAGGGAAAUAUAGAGCUCUCUCAUGAAUCUUUCAAGAUUGCUCAAUCUUUAGAGCCCCUCUAUGUGAACUGCUGGAUCGGACAGGCUCUCAUUGCCGAGACAGUUGGAAGUUAUGACACCAUGGACCUUUUUAGACAUACCACAGAACUGAGCACUCAUACUGAGGGAGUGAAGGGUUAUGCAUACUGGGUUUGCUCCACACUGCUGGAUAAGAGCAACAGAGAUUCAGAGCUCUACCUCUAUAACAUUGUCCAGAUGAACGCUGUCUCUGCAGCCCAGGUGGCUCUGAGCAAGUACACAGAAAGAAUUCAGACGGACCCUGACGCCUUCAUCAUGCUCGGGUACCUGAACACACACUUGCAGCUGAAGAAACAAGCCACUGAGGCAUAUCGCAGAGCUGCAGAAUUGCUUCACGCAUCCCCUCAGACUGAAAAGCUCAGCUUUGCUCUGAGGGGUUAUGGACGUGCCCUUAGUGAUGAUGGGCAGUGGAAAGAGGCAGUCCAUAUUUAUUCCUCCACACCACUAGAAGAGCUGCAUGAUAUCACAGGGCUGGCGCUCGCCUGCUUUAGAACAGGACUUCUGCCAGAGAGCAUUGAGGCUUAUGAGAAAGCUCUUGCGGUUGCCUUCAAUGAGAAGGAAAAGGCCUAUAUACUCACUGCACUGGCCCUAUUACAGCACAGGCUGGGCAGCAUGGAGCACGCCAAAACUCUUCUCUUCAAGUGUUCAUUGCUGAAAGAACCUGUUCCAGAGAGUCUGCAGUGUCUGUGUGCUCUGGGUUUGGUUCAUGGUGACGUGAAUCUGGCAAGUGCCACGCUCAAAGAGCUACAAAAGCUGGGGGAACCUGUAGGAGGAAAUGUGGUGGACUGCUGUCUGCUCACCUGCACCCUGCUGUCUCUGCAGGGUGACUUUAGCAGUGUACACAGGGAGGCUGCUAGGGCUAUACACAGGAACCCGGGAAAUCCAUCUCUCUGGGCUUUACUCUCCAGACUGGUUCCUCAGUACUGCCCCAACAAAGCUGAUGGAGGCAGUGUGGCUGGCAGUGUGGCAUGUCACGCCAGCUUGACACUUGGAAAGAGGGCGUUGCUGUACAGUGGAGUGAAUCAGUUGGCCUCAGGCCGUCACUCUGGUGAGGACAGAAGACAGAACGCUUUGAAAACUAUUCAGAGAGCCGUACUGCUGUGUCCAGAUGAUCCAGCUGGGUGGGCGGGGCUAAUUGCUGCCUGUCACACAGAGAACACUGCAUGCCUUCUUUCAGGCUCUGCCCCUCUCAGAGAGAAUCUGGAGAUGGGGCUCAUGACCCUGGUGUCUGAAAAAGUGAAGAGCCUGCAGGGAAAAGAUGGGCUCUUGGCUCAGGCUCUGGAGGGCUGGGUGCUGCAGCAGGCAGUGACUGGACUCAAACAGAGCUGCCAAUAUGACCAGGCGGAGACCCUCUGCUCUACGGUUCUGAGUGUAUCUCCAGAGCAUGCUGUGGUGCUCCUGAUGUUGAGGCAGGUUCAGUGUGAGCGCCUCCUGCUGUCUGAAGCGGGUAACUGUGUUCCUCCUACCUUGCUGGAUCAGCUUAAUGCUGCUGUCUUGGCCAACCACACAUCUGUGUCCGCCUGGCAUUGGCUGGCAGAGGUUUACCGCUCUCAGGGCCUGCUGUCUCAAGCCUCUGUGGCAUAUAGACAGAGUCUUCAGCUGACCUCCCAACUGGGUGACAACAGUGGGAAGAUGAGCAGUCUGCUCCGGCUAGCCCUGCUUGCGGUGACCCCAUGUAUGGCUGGUGUGUGUGUCUCUGAGUGGAAGGACCUGGUGUUGGAGGCCAGCACUGAAGUCUUAAAGAUGGGCAGCUCUACAGUAGCUCAGCUCUUUCAGGCCUUACUGCAGUUCUCCAUCAAGAUGGGCGCCAGGGAAACCCGUCGUCUCUUGGAGAGGAUUGUUUAUAUGUCAGCCUCAGGGAGUUCUGAAAGUGUGGCAUCUGUGGCACGCUGGUACCUCCUGCGCCACCUGCAUGCCAAAGAUGACCUGGAGCUGAUAGAUUCCCUGAUGGUGGAGGCUACAGCAACAGGAGACUGCAGACUGGUGGAUUUCCACAGAAGACUCUACCCAUCCAACUGAGCUGUUCCACCCAUUCUCAAAUCUCUCAGGAGAACACAGAUUUCCCAGUCUAACAGGCAAAG